GCCUAUGUGUAAUCGACGGGAUCUCUGACCACGAAAAAACAACAUUUGGAAGUGAAGUGAAACGUCUUUGAAAAAAAAAGAAGUAAAGGGAAAAAUUUUAUUAUAAGGUGUAUAGUAAGCAUAGCACUGUGUGCUGAUAUUAAUAUUUGCCGAAUGCUUUUAGAAACACCCGUGGUUAGUUCUUAAGUUUUGCGAACAAUUAAGCCGUAAAAUGGCGGACGACCUGCAAGGAAAUCUCCAGAAUUAUAAGUUACAACUGCAGCAGGUGGAAGCUGCUCUGACUACAGAUCCUGAUAAUGAAGAACUUAAGAAGUUGAAAGUCGAUUUAGAGGAAGUUAUAGAACUAACUAGAGAUCUAAUUAAAACUCAGCUGAUCGAACUAAAAGCUGCCCAAGAAUCAGCCGCAAGUUCAAGUAUAGAGGAAGCUGAACUUACAGCAAAGCUCCUGGCUGCUGAAGAACCAAAUGUUAGCAGAAUUGUACCUGUUCGAAAGGACUGGAAAGUUGGAGAUAGGUGUCUUGCAAUUUGGAGUGGAGAUGGGCAAUAUUACGAGGCAACAAUUGAAGACAUAACAGAAGAUGGAGAUGAAGUCUCCGUUGUGUUCGACAAUUACAAAAAUUCAGAAGUUACGUCAGUGGCGCUGUUGAAAGAAUUGAAGGCUGGCGCAAAGAGACCAGCAGAAGAUGGAGCUGAUAGUAAAGCUAAGAAACUGGCAUUAUCAAAACAGAGAGAAUAUCAGAAGAAGAAAAAGCAAAAGAAGUUGCAGAGGUACAAGCAAUUGGAAGAGGAACGUGAGGGUGAGAAGAAUAAGUGGCUUGCAUUCAAUUCAAAGACCUCCAAAAAGGGCAUGACAAGAAAAAGUAUUUUUGCAUCACCAGAUAAUGUAAAUGGACGUGUUGGCAUUGGGACAUGUGGUAUGAGUGGAAGACCUAUGACUGAAUUUACUACAGCUGAAAAAUGGAGAAAGGGCAUGUGACAAUUUUAGGAAUUGUUGUGUUUGUGAAAUUCUGGUACUGACUUCCUUUCUCCAUAGAGCUGUUCUUGGAGUAGUCAUGUGCGUCAUCUAGUGCGUGUUCGUGUGAUGAGCUGUUUGUGAAGAUGAAACAAAUGGUGGUAUUAAAUUCCACAAUGGACUAAAUUGCCGUUUCAUAAUGAAUGGAAUGUCUUUUUUUGAAACCACAGCAUUUUGACUGGUUUUCUAUUGUGAUACAGAAGUGUUGGUGAUUAAACACAGUGUAAAAUGCAUUUCGUGUAUAAUUUAUGCCGUGUAGAUGAUGGACCAUUUACUCAAAAUGUAAAAUUUUUUGUUGCUAUUUAUGCACUCAUCAGAAGUAUUUUACAUUUCAUAAAACUAUAUAAGAAAUGUUGUACAGUGAUUUUAAUUGUGUUGUAAUUUAUUGUGUAAAUUUGUCACCUAAAGUACAGUAUAUGUGCUCCUUCCAAGGUUGUCACAAAAGUAUUUCUGGUAGUCACUCGAUUUGCUCACAGUCCUUUAUAAGAGACGAGACUUUCAAUUCAGAAAAAAGUGUGGUAGUUCAUAUACUGCAGUCACACCAAAAGUUGUUAAUUAAAUUUCUUUUUUAAAUUGCCAACAUC